GCCUCUGACGGAGCGUGCUGGUAACAGAGAGGAGCGAGGCCGGAGCGUCUGCGGUCGAAGCUGAAAUAAGAGCGAAGCGGCUAAGCGGGCGAUGGGGGCCAGUGGGGAGGAUGGGACGGAUAGCGAGGAGCGCUUCGACGGCAUGUUGCUCGCGAUGGCCCAGCAGCACCAAGGCGGGGUCCGAGAGCUUGUGAACACCUUUUUCAGCUUCUUGAGGCGCAAGACUGAUUUCUUUGUAGGAGGAGAUGAGGGUGCUGCUGAGAAGUUAAUCACAGAGACAUUCAGUCGCCACAACAAGCUGGCUCUGAAAGCACAGAAAGAGAAGAAGGCCCGUCAAGAGGCAGAAAAGCGGGAGAAAGCAGAGCGUGCUGCAAAACUUGCCAAAGAAGAAAAACAGGAAGAAAGUGAGCCAAGGAUUAAAGAACUGACUGAGGAGGAGGCAGAAAGGUUGCAACUGGAAAUUGACCAGAAAAAAGAGAAGAAAGAAAAUGAGGCCCAGGGUAUCCCUUCGAAGCCUGCUGAGAAUCCAGUGGAAUCUCCUGAGUCCAGCAAACAGGAUACAGAUGAGGAGGAAGAAGAUGAGAAGGACAAAGGCAAGCUUAAACCAAACUCUGGGAAUGGGGCAGACCUUCCAAACUACAGGUGGACACAGACCCUCUCCGAACUGGAUCUGGCCGUCCCAUUUAAAGUCAACUUCAGGCUGAAGGGUAAGGAUAUGUUGGUUGACAUACAGAGACGGCACCUGAAGGUGGGACUGAAAGGCCACCCACCUGUGAUUGAUGAAGACUUAUAUAACGAGGUGAAGGUGGAGGAGAGUUCAUGGCUGAUUGAGGAUGGGAAAAUAGUCACUGUGCAUUUGGAGAAGAUCAACAAGAUGGAAUGGUGGAACAAGUUAGUCCAAACAGACCCAGAGAUUAACACCAAGAAAAUUAACCCAGAGAACUCAAAAUUAUCAGAUCUGGACAGUGAAACCCGCAGCAUGGUGGAGAAAAUGAUGUAUGACCAGCGGCAGAAAUCGAUGGGCCUCCCCACAUCUGAUGAGCAGAAGAAGCAGGACAUACUGAAAAAGUUCAUGGAACAACAUCCAGAAAUGGAUUUCUCAAAAGCAAAAUUCAACUGAUAUGGUUGCCCUCGUUUUCUUCUCCCCUCCCCUCCUCUAAACUCAUUAGGAUAAAAUAUAAAUGAAAAUAAAUCAGCAGGAAACUAUAGUCGUUUCACCCAGCCCUGGGACUGCUCACAUCACCUCAGAGUGAACUUUCUGGUGUAAAAAGAGCUGCACUGCUUAAUCCAUGUAGCACCUUCUUACGCUUCUGGAUUUUCAACAGCAGUAUCAAUCACCUAAGGCCCAUUUUACCUUUGCACAGGGAAGAAUAUUCCAGGGAGAGGAAGGAGUGAAGGAAAAGGGGAGUACUUGAUGGAAUCAGAUUGUCCCUUGGUUCUUGCUUAGUGUCUAGGAAGUAUAAUUUAAAAUAUAAUAAUUUAAGUAGCAAGAGAGACACUCAGCCAUCAUCCUCUACUCUCCUAGCUCCUGCUCUUGAAAUCAGAGCUGGAAGUCUUCCUGCAGCCUUCCUUCUACAAACAAAGCAACCCCUGCAAACUUCUAAUUCAGAGUAGCAGUACUGAGCAUUUUCAAACAUAGCAAGAAAAACUACUGACAAAUUUGAUCCACUGGUGUCUCGUGCUUGUUGCACUUGCACCAUUGUUGCCAAUGAAUGGCUUGUGUUGGAGUGAUAAGCACUUCACUCAAGAAAUUUCCCAUUAGACGUUAAAAUGAAAGCAAGAGAAGCAGCUUCACAAAGCACCCAUGUAUCUGCUUGUGAGAACUUUCUAUAACCUCUGAAGUUACCAUAGUAUUUCAAGUGUUACAUCCAGAAGCUUGGAGGCAAAAGGGAUAGAUUGUUUUUGCAUCUGUGUUUAGGCUUAUGGAUGGAGUGUAGGCAUAUCAAACUGUUUAGGCCACAUCAGAAUCUGGUAUAUCAGUCCUACAUGUUGUUCCACUUGGAUCUGUCACUCAGCUGUUUCUGCCAGGCCCUGAUGUACCCAUUUCAGAGCUUCAAUCGUGUAUAUUUGCCCCAGAUAUUAAAGGUUUUUGCCCUUCAGAAUGACUUCCUUAUUCUUCCUGUUGCAAUACUGCUGGUGAUUUGGCCUUACAUAACCAAUAUUUAGGAAUAGGAAGGGUCUGUUAAGUGAUCAGUUACUUCAAAAAGGUUUACUUGCUCUACUCUUGUUGUAGCUAAGAUGAAUUGAUCCAUACAAAGAAUGCUGGUGUCUAAAACUAGCAGUAGGCAAGGUUUUUCUGCUGUCAACAGACACGUGUUGGAUGGCAGACAGAUCUCUAGUUUGCUAGAGACCAGCUGUCCGCCUCAUUGGAGCGACUCCACAUACAUUCCCCUUUUGGCGUUGGACAUGCCAAGCAAGAGCCGUCUGCAUGUUCUCUUUUUUUGUGGUGGUUGCUUUAAAAACAGCUUGUAUUCUGCAUGUAUAAAUAAAAAGGUGAUGUUUUCA